AUGCCGACCGAUCGUGCAGCAAAUCUUGUUGCGCCUCUGGCGGAUAAAAAUGCCCGCCAGCAAUCAUUUUACCGUCGAUUCGUUCAAUUUCUUUUUUCGAAUCUUGGGCUCGUUCUUGUUGUCGUUGCCUACAGCAUCGGCGGCGCUUUUCUUUUCCAGUUACUUGAACAAUAUAUCGAAUUACAAAAUUGUCAACAAGGAGCCCUAACAGAAAACAUAUCAAUAACAAACAUUUCGGAAACGAGUUACAAUUAUGUGAUUCUCAAUGAUGACACGGUCAAUGACAGUGUAUUGUAUGACCAAAUCAGUGCAUAUAUCACAAAUUUCACCGCCGAUGUCUAUGAACGUCGACUAAGCUUACGUUACACCGGACAAAAUUGUACUGAUUCAUCGGGAUGGAAUUUCCCAUCGGCUUUACUCUUCACUAUAACAGUGAUCACGUCCAUUGGUUAUGGUUACAUCACACCCGUAUCCUGGGAAGGACAAAUCACGUGUAUUUGUUAUGCUUUGAUUGGUAUUCCUAUUUUCCUCCUUUGUUUGGCCAAUAUCAGUUCAGUACUCGGUGAUAUCUUUCGAUUUAUGUAUUCGGGUUUGUUACAUUGCUGCUGUUGUGCUUGCCGUGCCUAUACUCGAGCACGUCGUCGCCGAAUUCGUCGAAUCCGUGAGCAACAAAUCAAGAAUCCUUCGGGCAUUGAUUAUACAGGCACAGCGCCAGUGGACCCAACAUGGCCGGAAACAUCUCGUUCGUUUAAUGACAAAAUGUAUGAUGACGACGAAGAGGAAGAAGAGGAUAUUUGGGACCGUAUGGAAGGCCGUGUACCGUUCGGCGCUGUUAUUUUAAUUAUCAUCGGUUACAUUUGUUUGGGUGCAUUCAUGUUCAACAGAUUUGAAGGUUGGACAAUGGUACAAUCAGUUUAUUUUUGUUAUAUUACACUAUCAACAAUCGGCUUCGGAGAUUUUGUUCCUGGUAUAACGUCAAGUUCAACAUCGGGUUUACGUUUUCUACUGGCUUGUAUUUACAUUCUAUUUGGUUUAGCUAUAUUAGCAAUGUGUUUUGAUUUGAUAAAAGAAGGCAUUGUGGAUAAAUUUCGCUGGUUUGCGCAUAAGCUUGGCAUUAUUGCUGAUGAUGACGAUCAGAUCGACGAAGACCAUACGCGAUAUGCCAACUUUGAAUAUGAUUCACCGAGUCAACGUACGAUGCAAUCUGAUACAAAUAAUUCGAGUGUCAAACGCUUGCAUGCAAAAGCCAAAUCGAUUGAUUCUUUCAAUGAUCCACCUGCUUAUCAACAUGAAGCAUAUGAUGACGAAUGGUUGAAAAAUAUUCCAGACAAAUCCGAACGACCAGAGAAAAAUCUCCUUGUCGAUCCGAUCAAGAAUGAAUUAUCGUCUUCUUGCUUAUCGACUUUUUCUCGUUAUAUAACAACGACACCGACAAAUCCACAAUCACGAUUAACUGCAUCAACACAGCGAUGGGCAAUUAAACGUUAUGUAUUACUCAUUGGAUUACCGGUCACCAGUUGGCUUCUGUAUCGCUUUUCCACAAAGAACGAUACUCGACGAAAGCAUCGAAUUGUUUUCGGAAGUAUUGGACGAGCUAUCUGUGCCAUUUCCAUUGGUAUUCGAUCUGCCAUUGAUCAACAAGUUAGUUUAUGGUUUAAACGUGAGGGUAGUGAUGAAUACAUGUCAGCAUUACAAGCUUGUCGACGACGAAAUGCUAAACGUUUUGCUAAUCUAUGUAUUGAUCUCGGUGGAGUUUACAUCAAAAUUGGACAAGCUUUUAUAAACUUACCCGAAGUGAUUCCUUUAGAAUACUAUGAAGAACUACAAAUUCUUCAAGAACGAGCAUUGCGUCGUGAAAAAGGCGAAAUCGAUAUCCUGUUCAAACGAUACUUUCGGGAUACUCCUGAAAAUGUUUAUAAAAAAUUUGACCGUGAGCCCAUCGCCGCUGCUUCGCUAGCAGAAGUUUAUAGGGCUGAAACCAAAGAUGGGCAAGAAGUCGCCGUUAAAGUGCAAUACUCUGAUCUACGCGAACGAUACGAAACUGAUAUAGCCACGGUAGAUUAG